UGCGUGUGUGGGGCUGUGUGUGCAGUGUGUGUGUGUAUGUAGUGUGCAGUGUGUAUGUAGUUUCUGUGUAGUCUGCGUGUGUCUGUGUGUAGAGCUGAUGGUUGAGUGGUACCCAUAGACUUGCCGACAGGCUGGAAGGAAAAAGUUGCGAGCGAUAUUGUUGUCCCGCUGAAGACACUGCGAGGCCGUCACGAUUUCAGAACUGUUUGUCCACAAAGCCCGUCUCGUCAUAAUGCUGGAAUAUAGCUGGUAUGGUCAGGUUCAGAACCACCUGGAGAACUCUAAGUACCACAUCCACCAAGCCCAAGCCCAGCAGGUCAAGCAGUACCUCACCCUAGGCAGCAAGCUUGCCAGCCAGGCCCACCCGCACCCUGGCCAGGCCCUGGGCAGCAUGCCGGUCAUGCGCAACGGACACAUGCCGCCCGUCAGCGAUAGCAGCACACCCGGCAGCCCCGUCACCCUGCUAACACUCGCCAACAGCCACGACAGUGAGUUUCCGAUGGACGAGGUUAUUGAUGAUCUCAUUAGCCUUGAGUCCAGUGGCUUGGAUUGUAUGGAGCCUGGCAUCAUAAUGCAAAACAACAUGUCUCUGAACAGUGGCAUGCUGGACAUGUACGGCGGUGACCAAGGUAUGACCGCCCCUCAUGGUGGACUGACACCCCCCUCAUGCCCCACAAAGCUCUCUGUUAAAAGGGAAGUCACAGAACACGACACAAGAGUCUUGGCAAAGGAGAGACAGAAGAAAGACAACCACAAUCUGAUUGAAAGACGACGGCGAUACAACAUCAACUACAGAAUCAAGGAGCUUGGAACUCUCAUACCAAAGUCCAACGACCCUGAUAUGCGCUGGAACAAAGGGACCAUCCUCAAGGCCUCGGUAGAGUACAUUAAGUGGCUACAGAAGGAGCAGCAGCACGCCCGCGAGCUGGAGAGCCGACAGAAGAAGCUGGAGCAGGCCAACAGGAGACUGCUGCUGAGAAUCCAGGAGCUGGAGAUCCAGGCUCGGGCUCAUGGCCUGCCGAGUGCCCUGGGGGCUGUGGAGCUCUCCUCUCAUCUCCUAAAACAGCAACAGCAGCAACAACAACAACAACAGCAGCAGCAGCAGCAGCAGGUGGCCCAAACUGUUCCAGGACCACAGGCCCCUCAGGCCUCUCAGCCUGCCCUGUACCCUCAGGAGGAUCUCAGCGCACCCGAGUACCUCCAGAGGAAUCCCCUGCCUGCGGUCAUCUCCCUGGCAGGAGGCGGAGGAGCCGCUGAGCAGGUCGACGCCUCCACCACGUUCUCGGACCCCCUCUCGCACUUCACGGACUUCUUCAGUGCCACGCUGAAAGAGGAGCACCGCCUUGAUGAGAUCCUCAUGGAGGACGCGCUCUCGCCGUUCGGCGCUGACCCCCUGCUGUCCGCCACCUCCCCUGCCGCCUCCAAAGAGAGCAGCCGCAGGAGCAGCUUCAGUACAGACGACAACGAUGACCUCUAACCGGCCAGCCUCUGACCUCUGACUGACUGAGGUCGACCUCUGCGGUCGGGCCGCUCCACUGCUCCCUCUAGAGGAGAAAAACUGAAAAACGGGCACUUGCACACUUGCGUAUGAGUGUGUGUGUGUGUGUGUGUGUGUGUGUGUGUGUAACUGAACUCCCGCUUUAAGCCCACAUUGGAAUACAGGGGGUCUUGUCUGGUCCUGGAGAUCUUCAAGCUUCGAGAGUUUAGUUGUGAAAGGCUUAGCCCUUCUCUGAUGGCCUUUUUUAAAUUUACUUAUAAAAAGGGUUAUGGUUGUUAUUUAGCUUACUUGAUACAAAGAUGUAUAUACAUUCUGUAAAACAAUAUUUCCCAGUUAAAAAGAAAGCCAAAAGUUUUUUUUUAUGUUAAAUCAUAAAAAAAGCAGUAAAUUAAGAUUUGAAUUUCAUAUUUAAUAUUUAAUGCACAGAAUAUUAACAGCCUCCCUUUCAUUUAUAUAGAUGGCCUAAUCAUCUUAGUGUAUAGCUUAGUGGAUAGCUGCUUUUUAAAAUUAUUUAAAUUGAAUAAAUAAUACAAAUAAAUCCAAACAGUAAUGUGUGGAUUAUUGAGGAAAGUAAGUAAACCAAAAGACACAGGAAAAACCCUAAUUCAUACAUUUAGAAAACUUAUCAUUAUAAGAAAUGUGUAACUAACCAAAGCAAAGUGUUAGCCCAGGGCCGGCGUGUGAGCUUAAGGGUUAAACUAAACAGAAUGUUAGAGAUCCAGGCCCAGAGCUGGCUGAUCCUGGACUACACAGACGAGGAGUGAGACUUUCCUCCACGUCUUGCACCAAUGUUGAAUCAGACACAUCAAAAGAAAAAGGGAGACUGACUGAAGUGCUGAUGCUUAUCUACUGUCCAACCAAACUUACACUUACACUUUCAUAACACUGGUCACUCACAUCCACUGGAACUCAAAAACUCUCUACCUGUUCCUGAACUGUAACAUAAUGGCAUUGUUUAUUUGGACCAGUAACAACAGGAGAAGACGAUAGAGAAGAUGAAGAAGAAGAAGGGGAGAGAAGAGGAGUGUUAUUUCUCUCAUACUUUAUCCAAAAACUGGUUAACUUUAUAACCACUGUAAAGAGGAAGCAAUGCAAAUGUAAUUGUAAUUACUAGCCAAGAAAAACCUAACAUGCCUUUUUAUUGUUUUUAUUUUUAUUGUUCUGUUGUUUAUAAAGUAUUUUUAAAGGAAGAUAUCUGUUUAUGUAUUUAUAUGUCUUAAUCUCUGUAUUGUUACAAGAAAAUUUGUAGACAAUCUAACAUGUUUCAUUUUUAUAACUUUGGGGGUGGGGGAAAUACAUUAAACCCCUUUUUGAUAAAUUAAGC